ACUUUAUCAUUCCUGAAGUAUAAUAUCUUGUAGAAAGUUCUGCAGUAUUCACAUUACAUUAUAAAAUCGUCUUCAGUACUAUUAUCAAAUAAUUCCAAAACAGUUUUUAUUUCCAAUAUUAAUAAUAAAAUAUUCUAAAUCCGAGUUUAUUUUUUUUUGAAAAAUCAGAAUGCAUUUGAACAAUGUACUGUUUUUAUGCACGACGUUAUAUUUUUUCCAAUGUAUGGCUGCCCCCCCAACUGAUGAACAGCUUAACAUGAUUAAACGAUUAAUCGCGGCAAAAUUGGGACAAGAUGGCAAGAUGGAAUUUAGUCAACUAAAAGAAGUAUUAAUCCGAGUAGGAAUAAAGGUCCGUGACCAUAUGAGGAUACCCAGUCAGAAAGACAUCGAAAUAAAGUCUACAUAUGCAAAUGACGAAGUUGAAAUUGGCAUCCUAUCGUAUGUAUCUAGAACAAAACCGGAAAUAAACGAGUUGGUUAAAGCAAAAGUCGUGGCACAUAUGGGGCAAAAUGAAGUCAUGGACUUUGAUACAUUAAAAGCUGUAUGUAAAGAAGUAGCAGAGGAAACCGGCAUAUCCAAGGAGUUCCUCAGUAUAGAUUUAUUUCAAAAGAUAGAUUCAAACCGUAUAUUUACAAAGUUGACAGCUGAAAUCCAUGUCCUAGCGUAUGCUGCUACAAAUGAUCCAGGCGUGCAUGCAAUAGUAAAAAACGAGGUCGAGAAAUUUGAAAAUCCUAAUAACAAAACCUAUGCAGAUUUCAAAAAAAUAUUUACUAUAGUAAAACGGAGAACCCUCGCAGACACGAUAUUCCGCAAUUUUGAGGAAUUCAAAAGGACAUAUAAAAAAAGCAAAGUCGACCCGGAAGAUGCUGAACAAGUCAUCUGUAAUACUUUUUUUAAACAAUAGUUUAAUUAUAAUAAAAACUUUUAUU